CGCGCAGAGGAGGCAGAAGGGACACCGGCACACCAUAGUGCAUCUAUUCUUUAUUCCCGUACCGUUAUCGACAGCUGGUUUUAGUGACAGUCGGAUUGGACUGAACACUUUCGGUUGAUAUCCACAUUUAAACUUUGGACUCUCUUGUUUUUCCCUUUUCGGUUUUUGUAUUAGGGACUGGACGUAUAGCCUCCUGUGGGGCCAGGACGCAUUUAUCACGGGGAUGUCUCACCCCGCAUAAAUGCAGUACAAGAGGCUGUUCGCGCUGGUGAUAUCAACGGUUGUGGAUGUACAUUUUACGCUUGGGUCAACAUAUCUGUCCUGAAGCGCCUCCAGUCUGAGUCCAUGAGCGGUGGAGAGUCACUGCAUCCUAAUCAGCCUCAUUGACAUUACAAGCGCACUUUUGCGGAGCACUUUAUUUUUUUCAUACAGUCUAGUUGGAGUUUUUUUCCCUCCACUCAUUGGGAAGGUGCAUGAAGGAUGUAACUCGUCUUUGGUGAUGGUUGUGUUUAGACUGGAUAUAAGAUUACACGUGAAAAGGCUGGGAAAGGCUAUUUCUUUGUGGAAACCGGAUUGUGAUUAUGCCUCCAAUGCGCCUGGGCGUUCAGCAGAAUAUAAAUUAGCUCUACAGCCUCACCGUUUGUUGUAAAAACUCAGGAUAAAGGGAGCCCUGCUACGGAGGAAAGAAAAGAGCAUUCAAAGGAAAAGCCCACAUAAUGACUUUAUACAUUUUUUAUCAUGAAUCGGCAUGUGUGCUCAGUAAUUGAAGGUAGAAAUUGUGAAAUUGCCGAGAAGAUCAACAGGUCGGAGGCGUAAAACGCAUCAGAAACCUAAGACACUCUCACUGAAAGGGAUGCAUCUUUCUGUUUUCCUUUUCCUACUUUUAUGGGCGCAAGCCCUGACAUUGAAAAACUUGAACUACUCAAUACCUGAGGAGAAAAUUCAGGGUGUCAUUGGAAACAUUGCCAAGGAUGCAGAGCUGGAACUGGGAGAGCAGGGGAAAAAAUCCAACUUCAGGGUGUUGGAGAACUCCGCCCCACACCUUAUCGAUGUGGAUCCCGAAAGUGGGCUAUUGUACACUAAACAGAGGAUUGACAGGGAAACACUGUGCAGACAAAACACCAAGUGCCAGCUCUCCAUGGAAGUGUUUGCCAACGACAAGGAGAUCUGCAUGAUUAAAGUUGAGAUACAGGACAUAAAUGACAACGCACCAAGCUUUCCUUCUGAACAGAUCGAUUUUGACAUAUCUGAGAACGCAGCCCCAGGCACACGUUUCCCCCUGGCUGCUGCCUACGACCCUGACACUAAGGAAAAUGGCCUGAAAACAUAUCAGAUCACGCGUGAUGAUUAUAGUAUAUUCUCUUUGGAUGUUAAAUCCAGAGGGGAUGGAACUAAAUUCCCUGAAUUGGUCGUUCAGAGGUCCUUAGAUCGAGAGGAACGUAGUCAUCACACCUUAAUUAUAACUGCCACAGAUGGAGGAGAAUAUCCCAAAUCAGGCACAAUGCAAAUCAAUGUGAAAGUCACUGAUUCCAAUGACAACAGCCCUGUGUUUGAACAGCCCUCAUAUGUAGUGGAGAUACCUGAGAAUUCACCCCCAGGCACGGCACUGAUAGAUUUAAAUGCUACAGAUCCCGAUGAAGGGAUUAAUGGGCAGGUUACUUAUUCUUUUAGCUGUUAUGUCUCAGACAGGAUCAAAGAACUGUUCUCAAUAGACCCCCGAACGGGUGUGGUAAAGAUUCAGGGUAAAAUCGACUUUGAGGAGAACCCAAUUAUAGAGAUUGAUGUUCAGGCAAAGGAUCAAGGCCCCAACCCAAUUCCUGGCCAUUGUAAAGUCACCGUUAAAGUGCUUGACAGGAAUGACAACUGGCCGUCAAUAGGUUUCGUAGCUGUGCGUCAGGGGGCGGUUAGUGAAGCAGCAGCUCCAGAGACAGUGAUCGCACUCGUUAGAGUCACAGACAAAGAUUCAGGCCGCAAUGGGCAGAUCCAGUGUAGGAUUUUGGGGAAUGUUCCUUUCAAGCUGGAGGAGAACUAUGAUAACUUCUACACAGUAGUGACCGACAGACCCCUGGACAGGGAGAUAAAAGAUGAGUAUAACAUCACAAUUGUGGCCAAAGACAAUGGUAACCCACCCCUGAACUCAACAAAGUCUUUCACUGUUAAAAUUCUAGAUGAAAAUGACAAUGCACCCCGCUUCACAAAAAUGGUCUACCUUCUCCAGGUGCCUGAAAACAACAUCCCAGGGGAAUACCUGGGUUCUGUUCUUGCUCAUGACCCAGAUUUGGGCCAAAAUGGUACUGUAUCCUAUUCCCUUCUUCCUUCUAAUGUAAGUGAGGAAUCUAUCACUACAUAUGUUAACAUCAAACCCACUGAUGGUGCAAUUUAUGCCCUGAGGAGUUUCAACUAUGAACAAACCAAGUAUUUUGACUUUAAGGUCCAGGCGAAGGAUUCAGGUAACCCUCACCUGGAGAGCAACACCACUGUCCGUGUCAGUGUGCUGGAUGUUAAUGAUAACAUUCCUGUCAUUGUCCUUCCAUUACUUCAGAAUGACACUGCUGAGAUCCAUGUACCUCGCAAUGUGGGAGUCGGACACAUUAUCACCACCGUGAGAGCGGUGGACAAUGAUUUUGGUGAAAGUGGUCGUCUCACCUACGAGAUCUCAGAUGGCAAUGAGGAACACCUGUUUGAGAUUGACUCGGUGACGGGCGAGGUACGGACAGCCCAGCCAUUGUGGGAGGAGGUGGCACCUGUUGUGGAACUCAUCAUCAAGGUAACUGACCAUGGCAAGCCAUCACUCUCAGCCAUGGCGAAACUUAUCGUCAAAGCCUACUCCGGGCCCUUACCAGAGGGCGAGCCACGCAUCAACGCAGAACACCAUAACUGGGACAUGUCGCUCCCACUAAUAGUAACCCUGAGUAUCAUCUCAAUUAUGCUCCUCGCUGCCAUGAUCAUCAUCGCUGUCAAGUGCAAACGGGAGAACAAGGAGAUCCGCACAUACAACUGUCGCAUCGCUGAGUACACUCACCCGCAACUUGGCAAGGGCAAGAAGAAGAAGAUCAACAAGAAUGACAUCAUGCUAGUGCAGAGCGAAGUGGAGGAGCGGGACACCAUGAACGUGAUGAACGUUGUCAGCAGUCCCUCUCUGGCCACCUCGCCCAUGUACUUCGACUACCAAACUCGUCUGCCCCUCAGCUCUCCAAGGUCAGAGGUCAUGUACCUUAAACCCACCACCAACAACCUCAGUGUUCCUCAAGGGCAUGUUGGCUGUCACACUAGCUUCACGGGACCUGUUACAAACACCACCGAGACGCCAGUGAACAGGAUGUCAAUAAUACAGACAGACAAUUUUCCUGCU